GUUUCACCCACCAACUGUGGUUGGUACAAUGGGAAGUGCAGCAGCUUGUGCUAAACUGCUAGCUCUUGACCAGCUGGGAUGUAAAAAUGCCUUGGCUAUUGCUGCCUCCUAUGCAGGUGCCCCACUGGCUAAUGCAGCAACCCAAACAAAGCCCCUCCACGUUGGCAAUGCUGCCAAGCAUGGACUGGAAGCAGCUUGCUUAGCAUCACAGGGCCUUCAAGGAAACAAACGGAUCUUGGACAUGGAGUCAGGGAUAGGUGCCUUUUAUACAGAUUAUAACCCUCAGACUCUUCCAACCUUGCAGUCCUACCCCUGGCUGUUGGAUCAACAAGAUGUGGCCAUCAAGCGCUUUCCUGCUCAUCUUGGAACGCACUGGGUGGCUGAUGCAGCAUCCUCUGUUAGGAGGAAGCUUGUGGAGAGCAGUGAAAACCUGCUCCCCCUUGAUAAAAUUGAGAAAGUCAUUCUCAAAGUCCCCGAGGUCAAAUAUGUGAACAGACCCAGUCCAGCCUCAGAGCAUGAAGCGCGACACUCCUUCCAGUUUGUUGCAUGCUCUGCGCUGCUGGAUGGCAGCAUGUCGGUCCAGUCCUUCACCAGUGAGAACGUUCACCGGCCGGCCCUGCGGGAGCUCCUCUGCAAAACACAGCUGGAGCACCCUCCUGAUAACACACCCAGCUUUGACAGUCUUUACUGCGAAGUGAGCGUCACACUUCGGGACGGCAACACGAUCAGCGACCGCUGUGAUACGUUCUACGGACACUGGAGGAAACCUCUGCAAAAGGGGGAUUUGGAGAAAAAGUUUCAAUCCAAUGCCUUGAGCAUCCUGCCUGCAGAAGCCACAGAAGGCAUUAUAGAGACUGUGUACAACCUAGAAAAAGUAGAGGACUGUUCUGUAUUAAGUACAUUUCUCUCAGGACAGUCUGCUGGAGCACUUCUGGAGAAGCUGCGCUUCCUCUGA